UGUCAGCCCUGAUUCUGAUCUUGGAUUAGGAUCAGUUUGGAUAUUUUUCUUUUUGAAUAUGAAUAGAGAAAAUUCGUGUUUCGACUAUUUUCAAAGCCAAAGGAUCCUUCACCUGAAGAUAGCGUUGCAUGCAAAGCUAUGCAGAGAGCCGUUUCUAUCUCCAAGAGAGUGCAACGAUUCAUCUCGAAGACAGCCCCAUCCCGAUUUCUCCUCACAGCACACUUCGUCUCAGCCGCCUGUUACCACAAUCGCCACGAAAGUUCCAUUUUCAAUUCUCGACCAGAUGAUGAUGAUGAAGAAGAACCACCGACCAUACCGCUGGUCCGCAUGAUCAGAGCUUCGACGAGUCUCGUGUGCGAUUCACACGUUCUACAGCUUCACAGCCACGUUACAAAAUCAGGGUCCGUCUCGGAUCCCUUCGUCUCAGCUGCCCUGCUGAGCUUCUACGUGAAAAUCGGCUCGUUAAAGACUGCCUGCAACCUGUUCGAUGAAAUUCCAAUACCAAGCGUGGUUUCAUGGAACACCUUGAUUUCAGCUCAUGUUCGUUCGGGGGAAUUCAGCCCAGCGCUUGGCCUAUUUAUCGAGCUCGACAAAUCAGAGGCCUGUCCUGAUGCGUACUCCUUAACGGCUGCUUUAACAGCUUGCGGGCAACUGAGGAUGGUGCAAUUAGGCCGUUCAAUUCAUUCUAGGACAAUAAAAGCCGGGACAGAGUCGAGCCCUUUUGUCUCUAAUUGCUUGAUCGAUAUGUACGGGAAAUGCGGAUUGGUUGAAGAUGCGACAGAUGUUUUCAAUGGAAUGGACCUAAAGGACACCGUAUCGUGGAAUUCAGUCAUUGCAGCCUGUUCCAGAAACCAAAAACUUGAGCAGGCAUUCACUUAUCUUCAAGAUAUGCCUGCCCCCAAUACCAUCUCGUAUAAUGAAGUGAUCAACGGCAUUUCUCAGUUUGGGAACAUAGAAGAUGCUUAUCAUAUUCUCUCCGUCAUGCCGGACCCGAACUCAUCUUCUUGGAAUUCAAUAAUUACAGGCUGUGUGAACCGAGGUCGGGCUAGAGAAGCUCUGGUUCUCUUUGCUAGAAUGCACUCGGAAGGGAUGGAAAUGGAUCAGUUCACAUUUUCAAGCAUCCUUAGCGGGAUUGCCACAGUAGCUGCAUUGCAUUGGGGGAUGAUAAUUCAUUGUUGCACGAUCAGAUAUGGUCUUGAUGUGUCUGUGGUUGUUGGGACUGCUCUCAUCGACAUGUACUCCAAGUGUGGGAAGAUGUUGAGGGCCGAAUUGGUUUUCCAGUCCUUGCCCAGGACGAACUUAAUCUCUUGGAAUGCCCUCACUACGGGUUUAUGUCGAAAUGGCUACUUUGAUAAGCUCAUUGAUCUUUUUAACCAACUUCAGAUGAGGAAAGACUUAAAGCCUGAUGGGAUCACCUUCCUUAACAUCUUAUCUGCAUGUUCACACAGUAAAGUUCCCCUUGAGGUUGCCCUUGCUUACUUCAGAUCAAUGAUGGAAGAUUACGGGAUCAAACCGAGUGAAGAGCACUGUUGCUCAAUGAUUCGGGUGAUGGGGCAGAACAGGGAGGUUUGCAGGGCAGAGAGGAUGAUUCAUGAGCUAGGGUUCGGCUUACGUGUUUCAGUCUGGAGGGCACUGCUCGCUGCCUGUGAAGCUUGUAAAAACUUGGAGAUGGCAGAAAUUGCAGCUUCCAAGUUGAUCAAACUGAGGGGAGGUGAGGAUUACGUUUAUGUGACGAUGUCAAACGUUUAUGCAUCUCACGGGAAAUGGAAAGAUGCGAGUGAAGUCAGGAAGCUGAUGAGCUUGAAGGGGGUGGGGAAAGGAGUUGGUUGUAGCUGGAUAGAAGUGGAAAAUACUAUUCGUACCUGUGGAUAAUUUAUAACGUGCAGGAGUUGCCAUGAUUCAGAUUCUUGGAGGGACGAGGGCGAAGGAAACGAGAUGCAAUCUUUUCUAUAAGUCAUACAUCAUACAAGUUCUGAAGAAAGAAAGGAAGAAUAUAGGUCUUCACGAAUCGCUACCAGGAUGAACCCAAAAGUGCAAAAACCAGAGCUGAAAUGGUGACGGACAAUUCAGUAGGAACCAUUGCCCAUUGACUGACAGCGGUGUUUGAAGCAGUCUCAGACUGUCGGGACAAGGAGUUGAGCUUGUAGUUGGGGUUUGAUCCGUACAGAGUCUGAACACCUUCAACAUCAUCUAGAGCCAAGUCAUGCUUCGUGGUCCUGGGCUUCAGAACUGGAUACAUCACAGCCUCCUUGACCGAAGAGUGGCCCAAGC